GCGAUAAAGAGAGGGUUCGUUUUUGGGCUUAUUUACCCUCACUCACCGCCACCUGCCUGUCUGCGUUCUUACCUGCUUCUUACCUCGCAACUCAUACUGCAACCAUCUAUAUAAACACGCGCAACCAGUUCACCUCGAGCUACUACACGUACCUACCUACCUACACACAGCAUACACGCGCCCGCGCAUACCUACCCAAGCCACCUCAAAGCAAACAUGUCGGCCCCUCAGCAAGGAAACCAGGACUACCUCGACAAGGCCUUCAGCGCUGGAGCUAAGAAGUUCGGCGGCGCCCAGGGUCAGAAGAUUGCUGGUAAUCGUGGCAUGAGUGAGAAGAUCACCGACGGCAUGCGCAAGGCGUACGAAAAGGUUACGGGCAAGAAGGUCAGCACUAAGAUCUCGAACUAAGGAUGUGGCUACCUACCUACUUUUCUGCCUUCUUGUCGCUGUGUGGAAUGCGCAUCUGAGCGUUUACCCUGCUGGAAGAGGAUGGAGAGUUUGGAGUGGUGAUCAAGGCGGAUGUGGGACGUGAGGAUAUGAGAUGGAGAUAUUUGAUACCCCCGGUGAAAUUCUAAACACACAACCUUAGCUUCUUCUUAUG